GAAUCUAGGCACCCUAACCUGCAUUACUCAACCAGGAUCGCGCGGCGGGGAAGUAAGGAUUGAGUUUCUUGGACCAUAAGGGUUCACAAGAAUGGCGGCGGCGGAAUUAGGGCAGAAGACGGUGGAAUUCUCCGCGCUGGUUAGCCGCGCGGCGGACGAGUCCUACCUCUCGCUCAAGGAGCUGGUGGAGAAGUCCAGGUCCUCCGUCCUCACAGAUUCCGACAAGAAGAUUGGGAUUCUCCAGUACCUUGUCAAGACCCAGCAGCGCAUGCUCCGUCUCAAUGUCCUCGCCAAAUGGUGCCAGCAGGUUCCCUUGAUACAGUAUUGUCAACAACUCGCAUCGACAUUAUCGAGUCAUGAUACAUGUUUCACUCAAGCUGCAGAUUCAUUGUUUUUUAUGCAUGAAGGGCUACAACAAGCUCGUGCUCCCAUCUAUGAUGUUCCUUCGGCCACAGAAAUUCUUCUUACUGGAUCGUACUUGCGGUUGCCAAAAUGUAUAGAAGACAUGAGCAUGCAGAGCACACUAAAUGAAGAUCAACAAAAACCAGCUCUAAAGAAGCUGGAUGUACUUGUCAGGUCCAAACUCCUUGAGGUUUCUCUUCCAAAGGAAAUCACCGAAGUUAAGGUUUCCGAUGGUACUGUUUUGCUUCGUGUGGAUGGUGAAUUUAAGGUUCUAGUUACUCUUGGUUACAGAGGUCACUUAUCAAUGUGGAGGAUAUUGUAUCUGGAUCUUCUUGUUGGCGAGAGAAGUGGGAUGAUAAAGCUCGAAGAAUCACGACGACAUGCACUUGGAGAUGAUUUGGAAAGGAGAAUGGCCAAUGCAGAGCAUCCAUUCAUGACUUUGUAUUCGAUCAUGCACGAGCUUUGCAUUGCACUUGUAAUGGAUACUGUUAUAAGGCAAGUUCAAACACUUAGGCAAGGAAGAUGGAAAGAUGCUAUUCGAUUUGAGCUCAUAUCUGAUGGUACUGUUGGGCAAGGAGGGACCUCUAGCUCUGUGCAAAUGAAUCAAGAUGGAGAAACUGAUUUCACUGGUUUACGUACUCCUGGCUUAAAAAUCCUGUAUUGGCUGGAGUUUGAGAAAAGUUCCAGUGACCUGGGAUCUUGCCCAUAUAUAAAAAUUGAACCAGGUCCAGACCUUCAAAUAAAGUGUCUCCAUACCACAUUUGUCAUUGAUCCGGUGACUGGAAAGGAAGCACAAUUUUUCCUUGACCAAAACUGCAUUGACGUUGAGAAGUUGCUACUCAGAGCAAUCCGUUGCAAUAGAUAUACUCGCUUGCUUGAAAUUUAUAAAGAACUGGUGAAAAAUACUCAGGUCUGUCGAGCUCCAGGAGAUGUUCAACUUAAGUGUCAGAGUGAAAUUGACGCUGAAUACAAAAUGAGGGAUGACAAGAUUGGACUUGGAAAAUAUGAAGGCCAAGAAGUCUUGCUUGUACGUGCCUAUAGAUCCUCGUUUUUCUCUCUCGGAAUAAAUAUAAGGAUAGGACGCUUCAUUCUUCAGUCAUCAGAGAAUAUAAUAGCAUCAUCAGUACUUAUUGAGCAUGAAGAUGCCUUAAACCAGGGGAAUACGUCUGCAGCAGAAGCUUUUAUAAGCUUGAGAAGCAAAAGCUUAUUGCACUUGUUUGCCUGUGUUGGAAGGUUUUUAGGCCUUGAGGUUUUUGAACAUGGUUUAGCAUCACUGAAGCUGCCAAAGAUUAUGAACAGUGGUUCAAGUCUCUUGCUUAUGAGAUUUCCAGAAUGUGGAAGUUCUUAUUAUUUGUUGAUGCAACUUGACAAGGAUUUCAAACCACUUUUCAAGCUACUGGAAAUUCAGUCAGAUUCUUCUGGAAAAGCUCAAUCAUUUGGUGAUUCAACCAAUGUUGUCCGUUCCAAAAGUGUUGAUGUUGGUCAGAUGCAGAUUUACGAGGAUGUACUAAAUUUGAGUCUUCUUAACUACAGGAAAUUGUUGUCAUCUUUGCAGUGUGAUAACACUACCCAACAAGUUGAAAGCAGUGAUCUUUCUAAGUCUAGCUUUGAAGGUUCUAUGGUUAGUUCUGCUGCUCCUACUUUUUCAUCCAUUGUUGAUGAAGUGUUUCAACUGGAAAAAGGGUCCUCUCUUCCUUCUCUGAUUAGUGCUGCCCCCUCAUCAAGAUUUGCCAGUCCUGCUUCUAAUUUUGUUCACGACUCAACAAAUUUUCAUAGUUCAAAAGUUGGCUCAUCAUCUCCAAAAUGGGGAGGAGUGCAGACGUUUCAGAACAAUGCUAUUAAUACUUAUAAUGGUUCUUUGUACGAGGGGGUGGUACCUCCGGGAUCCAUUAGUUCACUACCCUCAUUUUCAGGAAGAAGUCAACUUUUAUCUCCACCAACCCAUCCAAUUCCUUUAUUAGCUGGAACGUCAAGUGCCCCAAAGAGCUCUCCUUUGGAGAUGGUAUCUGGAAACCUUAGGGCUUCCAUAUCGAACUCAUUGAUUACGAGUCCCCUAUCCCAAGAAACUGAUUCUGCUACAUGUUCAAAUUCAAGUCUUGGUGCAGCUUAUAGACAAAAUAAAAUGCCCAGAAAGCGUACAGUUUCAGAUUUAUUAGAUUCACUUCGAUCUCUUCAAGGGAUAGAAUGCAAUGAGGGAUCUUACAAGAGAAGGAAGAUCAUGAAAUCAGCUAGCACUCAUCACUUUCAGUCACAAAUUCAAUUUUCUUUUGAGAUGCCUGCUAAAACGGAUGAUUAUAGUUAUGCUGACCUAUUAAAUGAGACUCAUAAAGGCAAUGCACCUUCUACUGUAUAUGUUUCUGCUCUUCUUCAUGUUAUCAGGCAUUGCUCUCUUUGUAUCAAGCACGCCCAACUUACUAGUCAGAUGGAUGCAAUUGGCAUCCCAUUUGUUGAAGAGGUGGGACUCAGAUGUGCAUCUUCAAAGCUGUGGUUUCGACUUCCUUUCGCUAGAGAUGAUGCAUGGCAGCACAUAUGCUUGCGGCUUGGGAGACCUGGAAGUAUGUAUUGGGAUGUCAGAAUCAUUGACCAACACUUUCAGGACUUGUGGGAGCUUCAAAAGGGUGGGACUAGUACUCAAUGGGGGCCUGGAGUUCGGAUUGCCAAUACGUCUGAUGCAGAUUCUCAUAUCCAUUAUGAUUCAGAGGGUGUUACUUUGAGUUAUCAUUCUGUUGAGGCUGAUAGUAUCCAAAAACUAGUGGCUGAUAUACAAAGGCUCUCUAAUGCUUGUGCAUUUGCACUUGGAAUGAGAAAGUUACUUGGUGCAAGAACAGAUGAAAAGUCGGAAGCAAGCAGUCCAAAUUUGGAGAGUAAACUACAAAUUGGACUAAAAAGUGGUACUGAGUCGACCAAUAAGACUUCAGACCAAUUGAGAAGAUCAUUUAUAAUUGAAGCGGUUGGACUUAUGAGUCUAUGGUUUAGUUAUGGUCAGGGUGUCGUUGCUCGGUUUGUUGUUGAAUGGGAAUCAGGUAAAGAAGGCUGCACAAUGCAUGUUUCACCUGACCAAUUGUGGCCACAUACGAAGUUUCUUGAAGAUUUUAUUGAUGGAGCUGAGGUUGCACCACUCUUGGAUUGUAUUCGCCUCACAGCUGGACCUUUGCAUGCUCUUGCUUCUGCAACACGGCCUGCACGAGCUGCUCCUGUGUCGGGAGUUAAUGGCAUUGCAACACUGGCUACUUCUAUUUCAAAACAGACUGGUAAUCUGCCACCUCAGGGGCAUUUACCAAAUGUCUCGAAUGCAGGUGUUAACCACCAGACUUCAUCUGGUCCUGGAAGCAAUCUUGGAGCAUCAAACACUGGUCCUCCUGGGGCUCCAAACCACCAUACUGCUGCAAUGUUGGCUGCAGCAGCAGCAGCUGCUACUGGGAGAGGUGGGCCUGGCAUUGUUCCUAGUUCACUGUUACCUAUUGAUGUCUCUGUAGUACUUCGUGGUCCCUACUGGAUACGUAUCAUAUAUAGGAAACGUUUUGCUGUCGAUAUGAGGUGUUUUGCUGGAGACCAGGUUUGGCUGCAACCAGCAACUCCACCUAAAGGUGGUUCUACAGUGGGAGGGUCACUGCCUUGUCCCCAAUUUCGACCCUUCAUCAUGGAACAUGUUGCUCAGGAGUUAAAUGGUAUAGAUUCUAACUUCUCCGGUGGUCAACAAGCAGUUGGGUUAGUGAAUUCAAAUAGUUCAAAUUUGAAUUCAGGAACCCAACUUACAGCUGCCAAUGCGAGCAGGCCGAACCUCUCGAAUUCUACCGUAGUGGUUCGGUCAGGAACUACUGUUUCUGCUCUGAAUCGUGUUGGCAAUGGUAUUCCACCGUCAUCAAGUUUAUAUGGAAUGAAUUCAGGGAUGCCAUUACGCAGACCAUCUGGUACAGGUGUACCUGCACAUGUCAGGGGGGAACUCAACACUGCAAUUAUCGGUCUUGGAGAUGAUGGAGGAUAUGGUGGUGGAUGGGUUCCUCUUGUUGCACUCAAAAAAGUACUUAGAGGCAUUCUCAAAUAUCUUGGAGUAUUGUGGCUAUUUGCACAGUUACCAGAUCUUCUAAAAGAGAUAUUGAGGUCAAUUCUUAAGGAGACUGAGGGCUCACUAUUGAACUUAGAUGAAGAACAGCCCGCCUUGCGGUUUUUUGUUGGAGGCUAUGUGUUUGCGGUCAGUGUACACAGAGUUCAACUUCUUCUCCAGGUCCUCAGUGUAAAAAAGUUCCAUCAAUCCCAACAGCAGCAGCAGCAGCAGCAAAAUCCUUCAGCUGCCUCAGAGGAACUCUCCCAAUCUGAAAUCGGAGAAAUCUGCGACUACUUCUGCCGCCGUGUUGCAUCAGAGCCCUACGAUGCUUCCCGCGUCGCUUCAUUCAUCACACUCCUAACUCUGCCAAUCUCAAUUCUAAGAGAAUUCUUGAAACUCAUUGCCUGGAAGAAAGGGCUGGCCCAAACCCAAGGUGCUGCUGAUGUCAUCCCCGCCCCCGCGCAGAAAUCGCGCAUCGAACUGUGUCUUGAGAACCACACCGGGUGUGGCGCGGACGAGAGCACCCAUUGCUCCAAAAGCAACAUCCACUACGACAGGCCCCGCAAUUCCGUCGACUUUGCUCUCACGGUCGUCCUCGACCCCACCCACAUACCCCACAUAAACGCCGCGGGUGGCGCUGCUUGGUUGCCUUACUGUGUGUCUGUCAGGUUGAGGUACGCAUUUGGGGAGAACCCCGCCGUGUCGUUCCUCCAAAUGGAAGGGAGCCAUGGUGGGAGGGCAUGCUGGGUGCGAGCCGAGGAUUGGGAGAGGUGCAAACAGAGAGUGACACGGAUUGUGGACGCGAGUAGUUCUGCUGGUGAUGUGAGCCAAGGCAGGCUCAGGGUUGUUGCAGAUGGCAUUCAGAGAACUCUCCAUGCUUCCCUUCAAGGACUCAGAGAAGGCACUAGUAGUGUGCCAAUUGGAAAUGCCAUACCAUAGCUGAACCUGUCAUCUAAAGCAGCUAAAGAGCAUCAAGAUGCCUGCCAUAGGUCAGUCAGGAUAUAAAAAACACACACUCAGGUUAAUCAUUUUUGUACAGCUGAUAAUGUGUGUUUCCUCAUAUGAUUUGAUUUUCAAAAACACUGAUUGGCAUUCGGGUUGUUCAUCAAAUGCUUCAAAUUCGUUGUUCUUGAGGACCGUCAUCAUCGCAAUCACACUGUCGAACGUUCUGGGAAUACAAGAACUGCUUGUGUAAAUUUGUUGUAUGUUGAAAUUUUGUUCCGAAUAUUAACACUUGUUUUCCCUUGUUUAAUGAAGAAAAGUUGUAUUU